AUGUCUACCAAGGCCAUCCGCGAGUUCGACGCCAAGCAGCUGGUCAGCUACUGGCUCGAGCGCUCCCCCACCCCCAUCCCCACCAUCACCAAGUCGACUGCGGUUCCCGUCCGUGUCGCCCAGGUCGAGUACGACGAUGAGACUGGUUCGGUCCAGCCCCCCAUCAAGCCCGGCGGCGGUCUUCCCGACUGGGUCUUCACCGAGAAGCUCGUCGGCAAGCCCGACCAGCUGAUCAAGCGCCGUGGAAAGGCCGGCCUCCUUUCGCUCAACAAGGGCGCCGACGAGACCGCCGCCUGGAUCGAGGAGCGCGCCGGCAAGCCCGUCAAGGUUGAGUCCACCACCGGCACUCUCAAGACCUUCAUCAUGGAGCCCUUCCUCCCCCACCCCUCCAACACCGAGUACUACGUCUGUAUCAACUCGGUUCGUGACGGUGACUGGAUCUACUUCACCCACGAGGGUGGUGUUGACGUCGGAGACGUCGACGCCAAGGCGCUCAAGCUCUUCCUCCCCGUCCUCGGCCAGUUCCCCAGCCGCGAGGUCCUCAUUGAGACUCUCCUCCCCAACGUUCCCGAGAACAAGAAGGACGUCCUCGCCGACUUCAUCAUCCGCCUGUACGCCGUCUACGUCGACCUCCACUUUGCGUAUCUUGAGAUCAACCCCCUCAUCUGUCUCGACCCCGUCGACGGCAAGCCCGCCGAGAUCCACUACCUCGACAUGGCCGCCAAGCUCGACCAGACCGCCGAUUUCAUCUGCGGUCCCAAGUGGGCCAUUGCUCGUGACACCUCGUCCGGCAAGACUGCCGCCGGUGGUCCCGUCAAGGCCGACCGUGGUCCCCCCAUGGUCUGGCCCGCUCCCUUCGGUCGUGACCUGACCCCCGAGGAGGCCUACAUCCAGAAGCUCGACGCUUCCACUGGUGCCUCGCUCAAGCUCACCGUCCUCAACCAGAACGGCUCCGUUUGGACCAUGGUCGCUGGUGGUGGUGCUUCCGUCGUCUACUCGGACGCCAUUGCUGCCGCCGGCUUUGCCCACGAGCUUGCCAACUACGGCGAGUACUCUGGUGCCCCCACCGAGGGCCAGACCUACGAGUACGCCAAGACCAUUCUCGACCUCAUGACCCGCGGCGAGCCCCUCCCCAACGGCAAGGUCCUCAUCAUUGGUGGUGGUGCCGCCAACUUCUCCGACGUCGCUGCUACCUUCAAGGGUAUCAUCCGCGCCCUCAAGCAGCACAAGGAGGGCCUUAUCCGCCACAACGUCCGCAUCUGGGUCCGUCGUGCUGGCCCCAACUACCAGGAGGGUCUCAAGGCCAUGCGCCUCUGCGGCGAGUCGCUCGGUGUCCCCAUCAAGGUCUACGGCCCCGAGGCUGCCAUCACCGCCAUUGUCCCCAUGGCUCUUGGCCUGAACAAGCCCGAGGGCGACCUCGCUCGCACCGCCUCCCAGCAGUCGAUCGCUGCCGCUGUCGAGGCUGUUACCGCUAACGGCAAGAAGAACGCUGUCACCGAGAAGGGCCCCGACCGCGUCCCCGUCGGCACCAUCAAGCCCGACGGUGGCCGCGAGCAGCCCGGCGACCAGAUCGUCCACUUUGACACUGUCGAGCGCACCUCGUCGCGCCCCUGGUACCGUCCCUUUGACGAGAACACCCGUUCGCUCGUCUUUGGUCUCCAGCCCCGUGCCAUCCAGGGCAUGCUCGACUUUGACUUCUCGUGUGGCCGCAAGACCCCCUCUGUCGCUGCCAUGAUCUACCCCUUCGGUGGUCACCACAUCCAGAAGUUCUACUGGGGCACCAAGGAGACCCUCCUCCCCGUCUACACCACCGUCGCCGAGGCUGUCAAGAAGCACCCCGACGUCGACGUCGUCGUCAACUUUGCCUCGUCGCGCUCGGUCUACCAGUCGACCCAGGAGAUUCUCGAGAUCCCCCAGAUUAAGGCCAUCGGCAUCAUCGCUGAGGGUGUCCCCGAGCGCCACGCCCGUGAGAUCCUCCACAUGGCCCAGAACAAGGGUGUCAUCAUCAUCGGUCCCGCCACCGUUGGUGGUAUCAAGCCCGGCUGCUUCCGUAUCGGAAACACUGGUGGUAUGAUGGACAACCUCCUGUCCUGCAAGCUCUACCGCCCCGGCUCGGUCGGCUACGUCUCCAAGUCUGGUGGUAUGUCGAACGAGCUCAACAACAUUCUCUCGCAGACCACCAACGGUGUCUACGAGGGUAUCGCCAUCGGUGGUGACCGCUACCCCGGUACCUCGUUCAUCGACCACAUCCUCCGCUACGAGGCCGACCCCGACUGCAAGCUCAUCCUUCUGCUCGGAGAGGUCGGUGGAACCGAGGAGUACCGCGUCAUCGAGGCCGUCAAGGAGGGCAAGAUCACCAAGCCCAUCGUUGCCUGGGCCAUUGGCACCUGCGCCAAGAUGUUCACCUCCGAGGUCCAGUUCGGCCACGCCGGUUCCAUGGCCAACUCGGACGCCGAGACUGCCGACGCCAAGAACCGCGCCAUGCGCGCCGCCGGCUUCAUCGUUCCCGACACCUUUGAGGACCUCCCCGAGGUGCUCAAGACAGUCUAUGACAAGCUCGUUGAGAACGGCACCAUCAAGCCCAAGGCCGAGGUCGAGCCCCCCAACAUCCCCAUGGACUACCAAUGGGCGUCCAAGCUCGGCCUCAUCCGUAAGCCCGCCGCGUUCAUCUCGACCAUCUCGGACGAGCGUGGUCAGGAGCUCAUGUACGCCGGUAUGCGCAUCUCGGACGUCUUCAAGGAGGAGAUUGGUAUCGGAGGUGUCAUCUCGCUCCUCUGGUUCAAGCGCCGCCUGCCCGCCUACGCGUGCAAGUUCAUUGAGAUGGUUCUCCAGCUCACUGCCGACCACGGACCUGCCGUCUCUGGUGCCAUGAACACCAUCAUCACCGCCCGUGCCGGCAAGGACCUCAUCUCGUCGCUCGUCGCCGGUCUCCUCACCAUUGGUGAGCGCUUCGGAGGUGCCCUCGACGGUGCCGCGCAGGAGUUCUCGCGUGGUGUCUCGUCGGGUCUCACUCCCCGCGAGUUUGUCGACCAGAUGCGCAAGGCCAACAAGCUCAUCCCCGGUAUCGGCCACAAGAUCAAGUCCAAGACCAACCCCGACCUCCGUGUCGUUCUCGUUGUCGACUACGUCCGCAAGCACUUCCCGUCGCACCGCACCCUCGACUUUGCCCUCGGCGUCGAGGACGUCACGACCCAGAAGUCGAACACACUCAUCCUCAACGUCGACGGUGCCAUUGCCGCCUCGUUCUGCGACCUGCUCUACUCGUCUGGCGCGUUCACCGACGAGGAGGCCGGCGAGUACCUCCGCAACGGUGUCCUCAACGGUCUCUUCGUCCUCGGCCGCAGCAUGGGCUUCAUCGGUCACUACCUUGACCAGAAGCAGCUCAAGCAGCCCCUGUACCGUGCUCCCGCCGACGACAUUUUCAUUUCGCUGCAGGAGCCCACUCGCACUGUGAUCCAGCCCGAGUAA